UUUUCCUUCGCGUGCAAGUGCCGGAGACAGGAAGGCAAAAUGGUGAAGUUCCUGAAGCCCGGGAAGGUCGUUAUCAUCUUGACCGGCCGUUAUGCCGGCAAGAAGGCCGUGAUUGUGCAGAACAAGGACGACGGCUCGUCGGUGCGGCCAUACGGCCAUGCCACCGUGGUUGGCCUUUCCAAGGAGCCCCGGAAGGUCGUCCGCAAGAUCAGCAUGAAGAAGCAGGCCCGCCGGUCUAGCAUCAAGACCUUCGUGAAGACCGUGAACUACCAGCACAUCAUGCCCACCCGCUACACGCUGGACGUGGACCUGAAGAACGUGGUGUCUGCUGAGGCUCUGGAGAGCGCCACCACCAAGGUUGCUGCCCGCAAGGAGGCGAAGAAGCUGCUCGAGGACAAGUUCAAGUCGGGCAAGAACCGGUGGUUCUUCACCAAGCUCCGCUUCUAAGCGACUAAUCCCUCGUAGAGGGGCGGCGUCUUGAUGUGUAACGGCACUCCGUUGGACAU